AUGGACGAUUCUUUGGAGGCGGUAAGAUGUGUAGUUGAAAGCCUCAAGAUCAUUGCUCGCCAGGCCAGUUUGAGGGUGGCUGAAUAUGCUUUCCACUAUGCAAAGGCUAACAUCAUUAAGGGGAUAUUAUAUGGACAUAAGUCGUCAGGAGAUCAGAGUUCAGGCCUUAACUUCUUACCAGUGGCAUUUCUCUUUCACUUGGAA